UUGUGGUAACAUCAGUUUUAUUCUGCAUUCAUAAACAAGGGACAGAAUAGAUUGUCAUCUGCUGUGGGCAUCUGCGCAUGCUCGGUCUAGAAAGACGGAGUCACAUUCGUGUUAGCUAGCUGUACUGAACACAUUCUUUCCGGGCAAUAAAACACAUAGAACACUAAUAACCUUAACUUAAUGAAAACAUGGCGAAUAUAAUCUAAGACAAUUACUAUACAAACAAAAUAAAGCCAGCUCAACUUUUAUUUACUUUCCCAAUUAGUCAACACGAUAUUGCCAACGGAACCGCUCAUAAAGUCGUAACCUAUUCAGGAAUCCCACGUCACUCUGGAAAUUCCCCACAAUCCCUUGCGGCUACAAGUGCAGGUAAACAUGUACCGUAGCAGGCGGUGUAGUUUUCACAUUUAGAUGGAUUUAACACGGACUCUUUCAACGAUGUUACAUAUACAACUCGAGGUGUCGCCCCUUGGUGGUCAGGAGAGAGAAUGCAUCUUUAACUCAUGAAGCAUGGACUGACGGACUGUCGUCGGCUACGAGUUUUGCGCCUGGCAGAUAAAACUCGGGGUUAGCCCCCGCCCACUAGGACCCGUAUUUCCGGUCAGGUGGUUGUCUCGUCAGCUGCCGAUUCUCUGGUCUCCUAUUAGCUCCUGUUAGCUCAAAGGUGAAACCAUCGAACGGGUUCAGGUUAAACUGAAAUGACUCUACAGGGUCCGGGUCCUGGGUUUGGUUAGGUGGUCCUGGGUCCUGGGUUAGGGGGUUCCGGAUCCUGGUUUAAAGAGUUCCUGGGUCUGCUAGCUCAUUUAGCGUUAGCUUCCUCUGGAGCGCGUUAACGGGAAUCUGUUGUGUUCUGAUGAGAACACCAGAGACAUGGUUCCUGUUUAUGUUCCCGCUAACGUUCCCGGUCGUGUUUCCGCGGAGCAGCUGAUCUCAGUGGCAUCUGUUUGAAGAAGUCUCUCAGCUUCGGUGGCUGAUCUGAGGUCAUCGCUUUGCCUUCACCGGGGGACUCCUGCUGCCGCCAUGCUGACCUAGAGUCAGCUGUUCGUCUGCAGUGAGCUGGAUCCAGAGAUCGAGAUCAUGUCUGAGAACCAGGCCAACAACAACAAUGUCCCCCUGAACAACAACAACAUGGGACCCAACAGGAUUCGAAACCCCAACGUCAACCAGAAUCCCCUCAUCAAUGUCCGCGACCGGCUCUUCCACGCCCUCUUCUUCAAGAUGGCCGUCACAUACGCCCGACUGUUCCCUCCGUCCUUCAGGAGGGUCUUUGAGUUCUUCGUCCUGCUCAAGGCACUCUUCGUCCUCUUCAUCCUCGCCUACAUUCACAUCGCCUUCUCUCGCUCGCCCAUCAACUGUCUGGAGGUGGUGAGGGAGCGCUGGCCUCGUGACGGCAUCCUGCGGGUGGAGAUCCAGAGGAACUCCAGCCGAGCCCCCGUCUUCCUGCAGUACUAUGACUCCACGGGCCUCCAGGAGGAGCUGGAGGCGGAGGAGGGGGGUGGAGCAACGAGAGGAGUGGUGGGGCUCAGCCUAGCAGCUCUGCAGGAGGAAGAAGAAGACGAGGAUGAGAUGACCGUGGAGAUGUUUGACAACAGCUCUGUGCAGUUUGAGUUGGACAUUGAACCUCGUUUGAAGCCGUCUCUGAUUGGAGGAGGUGUUGGAAGAGGAGGAGGCGGGGGAGGAGCAGGAGGAGUGAACGACAGCCAGGACGUCUCCUUCAGCCAGACCACUAAAGGUAUGCAGCCGCUGAAGGAUUCAGUGUCUGAGCUGGAGAUGAUGACCAGAGCAGUCUGUUGCUGUCUGGGAGCUGAAAGGAGUCUGGUUGUGUCCUCAGUGUGGCCUCAGGAGGAGUACAUCGUGGAGUAUUCUCUGGAGUACGGCUUCCUGCGCUUGUCUCAGAGCACCAGACAGAGGCUCAACAUCCCUGUCAUGGUCGUCACUUUGGAUCCCAUGAAGGACGAGUGCUUCGGGGACGGCUUCAGUCGCUUCCUGCUCGACGAGUUCUUAGGCUAUGACGACAUCCUGAUGUCCAGCGUGAAGGCGCUCGCAGAGAACGAGGAGAACAAAGGGUUCCUGAGGAACGUGGUGUCUGGAGAACAUUACCGCUUCGUCAGCAUGUGGAUGGCCAGAACGUCCUACCUGGCCGCCUUCGUCAUCAUGGUCAUAUUUACUCUGUCCGUGUCCAUGCUGCUGAGGUACUCGCACCACCAGAUCUUCGUCUUCAUUGUGGAUCUUCUUCAGAUGUUGGAGAUGAACAUGACUAUCGCCUUCCCAGCAGCCCCUUUGCUCACCGUCAUUCUGGCCCUCGUUGGCAUGGAGGCCAUCAUGUCUGAGUUCUUCAACGACACAACGACCGCCUUCUACAUCAUCCUCAUCGUCUGGUUGGCCGAUCAGUAUGACGCCAUCUGCUGUCACACCAAUACCAGCAAACGCCACUGGCUGAGGUUUUUUUAUCUCUACCACUUUGCAUUCUACGCGUAUCACUACCGCUUCAACGGCCAGUACAGCAGCCUGGCGCUGGUCACCUCCUGGCUCUUCAUCCAGCACUCCAUGAUCUACUUCUUCCACCACUACGAGCUCCCUGCGAUCCUCCAGCAGAUCCGGAUCCAGGAGAUGCUGCUCCAGAACCAGAACCAGCAGGCGGGUCCGGCCCAGCAGACGGCCUUGCAGGACAACCUGAACAACAACAACAGUGCUGCUGCAGGACCCGGAGCCAGACCAGGACCAGGACCCAACAGCACCCAGCAGGAGGCUCAGUCGGACCCCCAGACCUCUUCCUCCCCAGCAGCAGCAGGAGGAGGAGGUGCAGGGGAGGUGAGGUCGGAGCUCAACUGGGUCGCUCAGACGGCGGCGAUCAUCGCCGAAGCUCUGACCUCCUCCUCCGACCCCGCGGAGCAAGGAGGUGCAUCUGGGGGUCAGAGGUCAGCAGGAGCAGCAGAGGUCUCAGCUGCUUUCUGGAUGGAAGGAGGAGGAGGAGCAGCAGAAGGAGGUGAAGAUCAGAAAGUCGUUCCUGCUGAAACCCAAACGGGAGGAGGAGGAGGAGAAGGAGGAGAAGGAGCAGGAGGAGGAGGAGACCAGAGAGUUGUUCCUGCUGAAACCCAAACGGGAGGAGGAGGAGGAGAAGGAGAAGAAGGAGGAGGAGAAGGAGCAGGAGCAGGAGGAGAAGGAGAAGAAGCAGGAGGAGGAGGAGACCAGAGAGUUGUUCCUGCUGAAACCCAAACCACAGCAGGAGGAGGAGCUGAUGGGCCGGCCAGCCCUCCAAUCAGAGGGCUCCAUGCAGAGCCCCCCGCCCACACAGACUGCCCCCCCCCUCAGGGUCCAGGUACAGACUGCAGACCUCCACAGACCCCGUCCUGAGAGUCCAGGUGUCCUCAGUCUGUCAGCUGAUCAGGGGGUUUGAUCGGUGAUUGGCUGAUCCUUUUUAUUUCUGAUAUCAAACAAACAAGCGAUAACGAAGCUGAGGCUCGCGGCCCCGCAGGAGGUCCCAGGGGGUCACCUGAGGGGUCACCUGAGGGGCCUUGAAAUGGAUCACUGGAGACCAGAUCCGGUCCAGACAGACCACCAGUGAGAUCCAUACGACGCCAAUAAAGAUCAAACCCUAACCCUCAAAUUGA